GUGGCAAAAAAAUCAAUACCAACCCCCAACCCUCCUCGUUAAAAAUGUAAAUGCGAAAAAAUUCAAUACUGUGCAGCCAAACGCGACGGUCGCAGCGUUCUCCACUCACAAUCGCUCUCCCCGCUUUAUCCCCCCAGCACGUAAUGCUCCAGUUCCGGGAUACUACCCAAAUAUCAGUUAAAGAUUGACAACGGAUUUCGAAUCGCCCCCAAAGUCCUCAGUGAAAUUCCCAACAAGGGCAACUUGCAAACCGGCAAAAAAAUAAAAAGCGCCCCCGCGUUUGUGCAGUGAGUGAAAAGUGGCAAAGUGUUCGAGCGCUAAGCUAUAGAAUACGAUCUUGAGCAGAUCCGGCGAAACAUAUGUCAAGUGCAGGGCGACGCGACUGCUAGCAGAGGUUGCGACUGCGACUUCCGCAUCCGCUCCUGUUUCUGUUGUUGUUGGUGGCAGCAGCAGAUACAACAAUGAAAAGCAGAACCGAUUCGCAGACAUAACACAUUGCGGUGGAGGUUGAGAAGAACGGCAUGGUGAAAAUGGAAUCGACGGAAGAACAGGAUCGAAAGCUAGUUUUGGAGUUCUGCCACCUGCUAGAGAAGUCCAAGCAGCUCUUCAACGGGCUCAGGGAUCUGCCUCAGUAUGGCCAUCGGCAGUGGCAGGCCUACUUCGGUCGCACUUUCGAUGUCUACACCAAGUUGUGGAAGUUCCAGCAGCAACAUCGCAUGGUGCUGGACUCCAAGUAUGGCCUGAAGCGCUGGCAGAUCGGCGAAAUAGCAAGCAAGAUUGGCCAGCUUUAUUAUCACUAUUACUUAAGAACCAGCGAAACCAACUACCUGAACGAGGCGUAUCAGUUCUAUGCGGCAAUUAGGGGUCGGGCCUACUACUCGCGGGCAGCCAAGGAGGAUCGACCGGAUCUGAUGGUGAAAAAGCUGCGAUACUAUGCCCGGUUCAUUGUGGUGUGCCUGCUGCUCAAGAAGAUGAAGCUGGUGCGGGAGCUGGUCACCGAGUUGGAAAAACAAAUACAGGAGUACACCAACACCUACGAGCCGGAGGAUCAUUUGGAGUGGUCGCUGGUGCUCGAGGAGAUCAAGGGCUUCAUCAAGGCGGAGGCGGCGGUGGCCGUACUGCACGCCGACUCCAAUCCCAUCAUCCUGUCGCACAGCACGGGCCCCGCCAUCCGCCGGAGGACGAGUGCGACUACCCUGACUGAUGUGUCCAGUGGUUCCGGUUCUAGGUUGUCGCCGCUGACGACGCCGCCCUGCGAGCGUUCGCCGCACAUGACGCUCAGCCUGCAGGAGAUCCUGAUCGUGGGCUCCGCCUGCGAGCAGGCCAAGUUCUCGGAACUGACCAUGGACAUGUUCCGGAUGCUGCAGACGUUGGAGCGCGAGCCGACGGAGUCGACCACGAAUCCACUGAGCAUGGCCCACGGACUCCAUGGGCACGAUGCGAGUCCGGCAGCCAGCCGAAUACCGCCGUACGGAGUGCCGGGCUCCAAGGGCUACAUGGAGAACGGUCGGGCCUUUCGUGACAAUCCCCACAAGUAUCUACUGUACAAACCUUCGAUAAGCCAGCUGCUGGUGUUCCUCGCCAGCGGCUCCAAGGAACUGCCACUGGGCGGUGCCCUGCUCCUCUACAUGUCCGCCGAUGGCUGCUUCUCUACCACCAAACAUCCCGAGGAUUUUGGCUAUGAGCUGGGUGGCCUGGCCACCAGCGUGAAGCGGGACAGCGUGGAUGGUGGAGGGCUGUCCUGCCGAGGAAAAUCGUACAAGGAGAACCACUGCCUAUAUCCGGGUGAUCUAUAUCCGUUCACACGCCGGCCAAUGUUCGUUGUGAUCGACUCGGACAACUCGUUUGUCUUUCAGCACAUACCGCGCUACUUUGGCCAGCCGCUGGUGGUGCUCAUGUCCCCGCAGGAUGUGCCGCCCGCAUUCCAGGCUGAUGUCCAGCAUCAUGGCUCGCUGUUUACGUUGUUCCUGCACUCCCCGCUCACCGCCCUCUGCUAUAUCUGCAACGUUGGAGACGUGCCCAUCCACCACUGGGAACGCUGCCAGACCUACGUGGACCGCUUCAUCACGGAGGCCUCGCGCCUCGUCACCCGGUGUCGCAUCGAUGAGAUUGAGCAGGGCAUUGGAUUUAUAGAUUCCUCCUAUGUGCAGUUCUUCGGCGACGACUUCCUGCGCACUCUGAUCCUCCGCUUCGUCUUCUGUGAUGUGGUGCUUCGGUUGCACCGCGGAUUCCGGGGGCGGCACAUGAGACCCCGCUGUGAGCCGCAGCUGCCGGCGAACGAGCUGCUGGAGCACCCCUCGCUGUCGCACAUCAUCUUUCAGCUGGCCUCGGCCCUGGAUGUGCGGGGUCACUUCUCGGAGGGACCGGAGUGCGACUGAUGACUUUUUGCGGCCGUAGUCGUGGUGGUGGCCAUCGGAAUCUGCCUGCGACAGCAGCUGUUCCACGUGAUCGAGAGGCAGUUGUCCGGAUGGAUGCUUUCGCUGUACAAUACUUUUCCGCUGGGCUGGAACUGGGCCUGAGAUUGGGGGCGUUGCUGGCCAUGGGUUUCCGUUUCCUUUCGUUGGCAGUGCUCCGGCUGCCGGCGUAAAUCAUUUCAAUAACGUAACGCAACGUAACUGCAUUAUAAUACGAAUAUAAAUAUAUAAAUACGAGUAUAAUAUAUAUAUAUAUGAUAUAUGCGUAUAUGGAUAAAGGUAAAUUAAUCAAGUAGCUAGUUUUCUUAUAUAGUGCGUCGCGCAAUGGAAAUGGUCCAAUGUUAGUUGCUUAGCAUAUACAUAAUUAAUGAUAACGAUAACGAAGAUAUACAUACGAGAAAUCAAUGAUAUUCAGCCGAUAUCGCAGCAGCAACAAGAACAGCAACCACAAACAUGUCAAAAGAACCUAACAAACGAUAACUGCCAAAAGAAGAUGAAAAACGAAAGAAAAACCAAGCAAACAAUUAUGAUAAAAAUCGAAGCCGAAUAUCUAAUCAAAUUUUGCUUGAGCGGUACCGGGAAAUUUUUAUGAAAAUUGUGAGCGGGGAUUUUUUGGAUCGCCCGAUCGGAUCGGGAAAAAAAUAGGUAACUUUGUCAUAUGCAGCGGAAAAAUUUUAGCUUUUAUACAACCGAUAUUGAGGGAAACCUAAUCGAAAGUGAAUCACGAACACGACACACUAUAUAAGAAAGGAGGUGCGUUUUUUAUGCAUUGUACGCGGCGCUCAUAACAAAUUGAAAUUACGAAACCAGAAUAUUAUUGUACGUAUGUAAUAUUGCAUAUAUGUAUCUAUUAUGAUUACAAGAUGACUGAAAGUUACUGUUUCAACAAAGGAAAAAACGAAAAAACCAAAAAACGUAUAAAUAAAAGUAAGACAACCAAAAAAGAAGGCAAAGUUUAGCAAAAGUAAUAACUAAUAUUAACUUAUACAUAAUGCCCUAGUUAAGUGAAACAUGGAAAAUAUACAAAAUAUAUUUUGCGUAUGUUAAAGUGAAAUACAAAAAGCCCAACCAACAUUUUAUACGAAGGAAAUGCAUACAAAAUUUACACUUCAACUAACGAAUGAAAAUCUGUUCUCGAAUCAUUUUUCCAAAAUGCCGCAAAAUUCCAUUUCGGUUUUCGAUAUAAACUGUGAAUUGGAACAGGUCACCGUAAUAAUAAAUAUUUAUGAUAACAUAUAGUUACAAGUCACACUAACUCUAUGGAUUUAUAGGCAAAUGAUAAACGCAAUAUUGAAAGUUACAAAAUUAUAUAUAUAAAGCAUAUAUAUUUCAAUACGAAAAUAAAACUAGUUGAACGCAUAGUAAAUUACUUGAUCAUUUUUACAAGACAAGCCGCAAACGAAAAUAAAGAAAAAUCUUACCAAAAAGAUACAAAAAAAAUGAACAAAAACAAUUUAAUAAUUACUUUAAAUUUAUUAUUUUCUACGGAUAAUAUGUGCAUUUUUAUAUAUUUAAACGAAAGAUAACAAAUUUUACGCUAGUUACAAACAAAUUUUUCUGAAGUCUUCAAGCAGCCGUAUUAAAAAAUUAAAAACUACAAACAAAACGAAUCGAAGAGAAAACAAACUAAUUUAUUCAGCCGAGUUCUAAUCAACUUAUUCGCUUUGUUAACUAACAAAUUGUAUAGCUUUUCCACAAUUUCGUUUACACUUUUUGUACAUAUAGGGAAAAUACUAAAAGAAUCGUUGAAAGAACCAAAUUAUAUCACUCACCACCAUUGUACUGAAUCAUUUCCAUUUAUGUUUUUGUACAUUUUGAGAACUGCAUUUACGGAAUAGCGAGAACAAAUAAGGUAAAUUAAAGCAAGGGGAGAAUUGCAAAUAAUCAGCAACAUUAACCACACUCACACGUAAACCAAGCCCACAAAACGAGAACAUCUAAACAUUAUCAUAAACAAAUUGUUUAAACGACAUGCAAAGUCACAAAUAACAUACAAAUCGAAACCAACAUUAAGAAAUGAUAACAAAUUUAGCAAAGCCACAAGAGAAUAUUAUGAAAAUGGAACGGAGAACGAGAAAGUGUAUGGGAGUUUGUAUGAAGUAAUAAGAAUAAAGCACACGUUUGAAAA